AUGGAGGAGCAGCGGGAUCUUAACAGCUCGGAUAGCAGCGAGGGGGAGAGCGUUUCCCCGUCUCCCAGCCUGCCCUCCCCGCCUAUAUUGCCUCUACAGGUCGCCCAACAGGCCCACAGAACCACCAACUUUUUCAUUGACAACAUUUUGAGGCCGGACUUUGGCUGCAAGAAGGAGCACGGCCUUGGCCUGCGGGAGAGGGCGCAGACAUCCGGUCGGGAGCGCGUCCACCCGGCGAUCAGCAGGCCGAGCCUUCCCGGGACGCCGUGCCAGGACUCCAACUGCAGUACUGACAGUAGUUCGUCCUCUGCCUCCUCCGCUUCUUUGGCAAGUCCCAAAAAGAGCAACGGGAGAACUGGCACUGGGACCGGGGAAAAUACCUCGUCUUCGCUGGUGGUGCUGAACGGCACCGCGGCGCCCACACCGGAGACGCAGCCACUGCUCUGGCCUGCCUGGGUUUACUGCACCCGAUACUCGGACAGGCCCUCAUCUGGCCCAAGGACACGGAAACUGAAAAAGUCAAAAAGCGGCAAAGAGGACAAACGGCCACGCACGGCCUUCACGGCCGAGCAGCUGCAGAGACUGAAGACAGAGUUCCAAGUGAAUCGCUACAUCACGGAGCAGCGGCGCCAGUCUCUGGCCCAGGAGCUCAACCUCAACGAGUCCCAGAUCAAAAUAUGGUUUCAGAACAAAAGGGCCAAGAUCAAAAAGGCCAGUGGCUUCAAGAACGGGCUGGCCCUUCAGCUGAUGGCGCAGGGACUUUACAACCAUUCCACCACCACCAUCCAGGAGGACAAGGAGGACAGCGACUGA